AUGGAAAGCCUACUGAAUGAAAAGAAUAAUUUUAUUAGACAUGUUUUGAUGAACGCGCCUCCUGGGAAAGUAGCCGACUUGGUGUCAGACUUAAAAACGCUCUUUGGAACAAGUGCGGUGAUUCAAAAUUCAAUUGAAGAAGCCGUGGCCGCUCACAAUGAACAGAACUAUGCCAUCAUUCCCCUCUCGGGUGACGAAUAUGUCAUCACCUGUGAGGAGUCCAAAGUUGGCAAUUCCUACCUCCAGCCGAAUCUGAAAUUGCUGCUCGAUGUUAACCACUUGAAGAAGAAGGUAAACACAAAGGCGGACUUUGAAGAACUGAACUACCCAGAGCUUUUGGAAAAAUAUAGAAAAAGCUGCAGCGCAAAAUUGGAAGAGUAUGUCCAAGUGCACUACUCGAAUUGGAACGAACUGCAAACGAUUAAUUACCCAACCGUUAAUAUCAACUCGAAGAAUGGCCUUAGCGUGAAAUGCUGCUCGUCUGUCUACGCUACGGAGCGCGAAGGCAGAUUGAACCUCCUCCUUAUCCUAUGUUGCGACAGACACUAUUUGAAGAAUUUCCACGCCAGUUCGUGGAGAAGCUCCUGGAAUGUGACUUUUUUAACAACGGAUGAGGAAGUUCUCUUAAAUGGCACCAUAGACAUAGUUCUCACAUAUUUCGAAGACGCGAACAUCAAUUUUAAGGCCACCAAGGGUUUUGAGAAAAUGGUCCAUGUGAACAACGGUGUUGACAAUUUUUCGGAAAAUAUUUUGUCCGCUAUACGCGAGUGUGAGAAUUGCGCACUUUAUGAGUUAAACGAGUUUCUUAUCCAUACAGAUAAGGAACUGAUCAAGAGCACACGGAAAAUAAUACCAUUCAAUGGCGACAAGUUUGAUUGGAAGGAGACGUACCAUGACAUUCCCGCUCAAAUUAAGUCAGCACAUGCAUGCAAAUAUGUGUGCGUGGAAACAUGUGCCUAUUCACAAAAGUCGUAUAUAUGGAACUUUAAAAAAAAAAAAUUCCUGCACUGCAUCGUCUGCCUACAUGGCGAAGGGAGGCUCUUUAACGUGCACCGUACAGGGCGUGCGCAGAGUGAAACGCAGGGCGGAUGCUACUAA